AAAACCUGACCCCAAACCCCCGUCGAAACAUGUGAUCUGAAUCGAACCUGCCCUGCCAGCCCUUAUUGACGCACAUUCGAAUGGGUUCAGCCCGCUUUUGUCUGUUUUUGCUUGCUGUGUGUGUGUAAUUGGACAACAGCUGGCCAAAGGCGUUACGGGACGCGUAACCGUUACCCAAGAAUCCUCCCAGUCUGCCCACCUCCCCAUCCCCACUGAGAGAAAUACCAUAGCAAAUACCAUGACCAACACUUGAGUGAUACAUAUUGUAAACGUGCUCUGACCUUUCGCUGAGUGUACGAAUACGAUGCGAGCAUUUCGCGGCUAAAUAGGCAACAUAUUGUCUGGUGUAAUCGCCGGGGAUUUUCUAUUUUCGGCAGGCCCACCCGUACGAGUACACCUACUCGUGCGUAAAUCCCUCAAAUUGAUUUUUUUUUUUUUCUUUUUCCAAAGGCAUGUAAAUAUUUUUAUAAACUCCCAGUCAGCCCGUUCCACCACGUUGUUGACACGUUGAUUGCCCCUGCUCAAAAUGUGGGUGCAGCUGGCACCCACUCACACCCACACACACAUAGAACCUGUUGCUGCCUUUCACUUUCACUCGAAACACAGACACGCAGAGCACACACAGCCACACAGCAGCGACAGACAGACAGCGACACGCACGAGCACAUUACACGAACAGCUACCACCACAGCAAUGGCCGCCAAUGAAGUUCAAGUGCAACCGUUUCAUUUGCCUUGGCUCUUUCUCGCUGCCCAUCCUCCACUCGCUUCCUUUUGAGGCUGCAGGUGCUUAUUUUCAUUGCAGGGCGCUCCACCCACACCCCCGCCCCACCGCCGCUCGCAUCACGUUUCUAGGCCAGGGCUACUGCUGCUGCUGCCAAACCAAACCCGAAGCCAGCCGAAGCAAGCGAAGGUCUCGGUCAAGGUGUGUAUUGAAAUCAGGUGAAACAUUCCCAUGGCCAUGCUCUCAUUCGCUCUGCGUGUGCCCUGCGUCGGAAACAACACAUGAUGCCUUCCAGAGAGCGCUCUCUGGGCAUGCCUCACCUUCGUUUAAUACACUUUGGUAGCGGGCUCGAGCUCAGGCUCCCCAGCUUUUUGCUCCUUUUUUUGGCGUCGUCGGGCUCCAUUCAGUCUAGCAUUGAGCUCUGCUGCGAACGGACGCUUCGAUAGGCAUCAACGGGCGCGCGAUCCCAAGCUCUCUCUCCAUUCAGUUUUUUCUGUAGAAACUGUAGCUCCAGCUGCUACGCUUCAGCCAAAAAUACAUUUUGCUGACUGAGAAACCAACUUUAAAAAUCAAGCCACUCAAUCGACGAGGAAGGACUUCCGCUGCUCAGCUCCCUAGAAAAGGUUUCAAAGAUGCGUCGUCAGCAGACCCGUUACCGCAGCGAUUCCAUUGCCAGCCCCAGCCCCUUGGGCGGAAGGAAGGCCUCGAUUUCGGCAGCCAGUGCUACAGCCUCGCCCACACGCCGCGAGUCACUGGUAAAGCCUACCUGGCAGCACAUCACCCCGGGCCAGCUGCCUCCCAAGACGCUGGACAAGAUCAACGGCAUUAACUCGGACGACUCCGACGACGAUGGCUAUCCGAAGCGGCGGCCCAGCGUGAUUGUCCACCAGCGACAGCAGUCGAUCUCCCAGCAGCCGCUGCUGCCCGAAUUCAUGACCACAUCGUCCCUGUUCCAGGCCCAGCAGAUGCCUCAUCUCCCUAGUGCCAAUGGUUUCAUGGCUCGUCUGGGCAGCAGCGUUCGAUUGACCUCGUCCGAACAGCAGCCGCUCCUGGACACUGGCGGCGGUGGAGGCGGAGUGAAUGCUGGCGGCAGUGGUGGUGGUGGUGGUGGUGGUGCUGCUGCUGCUGCUGCAGGCAGAGCCCCCUUUGUGGCUCCACCAGCACCAGGUCCUGGCAACGAGGGAGCCAGUGCCACCCUCUGCAAGAACGCCGGACGGGCACUCAUACGCAUGAUUUCAUCCGGCAACGGACCGGAUGAGGACGAGGACUUUGACAUCAUGGGCAAGGUCAUUAUGCUGGGCGACUCGGGAGUGGGCAAGACAUCGCUUUUGAUACGAUUCCGCGAUGGUCGCUAUGUGCCCAGCUAUUUCCUGAGCACCGUUGGCAUUGAUUUUAGGAACAAAGUGGUCGUCGUCGAUGGCACACGUGUAAAGCUACAAAUCUGGGACACGGCUGGGCAGGAGCGUUUCCGCAGCGUUACACACGCCUACUACCGAGAUGCCCAUGCUUUGCUGCUGCUGUACGAUGUUACCAACAAGACCACCUACGACAACAUUCGGGCCUGGCUGGGGGAGAUACGGGAGUACGCCCAGGAGGACGUGGUCAUCGUUUUAAUAGGCAACAAGGCCGAUUGCAGUGGCAGUGAGCGACAGGUGAAGAGGGAGGAUGGCGAGCGCCUGGGCAGGGAGCACAAUGUCCCUUUCAUGGAGACAUCAGCCAAGACGGGACUCAAUGUGGAGCUGGCCUUUACAGCGGUUGCUAGGCAGCUUAAGAGUCGCGGCUACGAGCACGGCGAUGAUGGAAAAUUCAAUGUGCAUGAUUUUGUGCGUGACAAUACAAAGGCGCGCUCCGUCUGUGCCCAGUGCAGGAACAUGUAAUUUUCCCCGGCCACAUCCUCCCGAUCCCGUGCACAAAAGAAUGGCAGGACGAGCAGGAAAGCAUAAAAACAGGAGGGGCGGGGGAAAAAACAAUAAGCUAGCAUACAGAUCAAAGGGAAAUGGGGAAAGGUCGAUGGGGAGGCGGCAGGAGCUGGGCGCAAAAGUCGAACUUCUGCAUUUAAUAAACACGCAAAAUACGCACACAACAACAGAUACAAAUACAGAUACAUACAGAAAAACACGACCCACAGAUACACCUACAGACAGGAUAACAUGUUGGCACCAAUUUUUUAAGACCCUAGCGGGAAGGUAGCGGAUAGUAGGGGAGCGGGCAAGUACAUGGUAUGUGCGGUAUGGUUAGCAUUUUGUAUGUAAAUUGGAAUUUUUUUGGAACCGGGGCGGGACGGGCAGAGAUACGUACUCGUAUCAUACUUUAAGGAUGGCCAGUGCAUAAAUUAUUGAACAAUAUAUACAUAUAUAUAUACUAUAUACAGAUAUGAUAUAUCCAUAUACAACUGCAUAAAUGUACUUUAUUAAAAACGAGGAACCCUAAUGGAGCAAGGGAUGAUCUCCAGUCCUCAACUAAGAGAAACCAAUCGCCAAUCCGGAUUAGGAAUGGGAAUCAAGACACGAAAUCGUAAUCGUAAUCGUAAUCGUAAUCGCAGCAAAAUCAUGCAACAUUGAGAUUUGUCCAGCACGUCCAUGGGAGACCGCCAAAUGGAGGGACCGAACGGAACCCAGCGUGAAUCAGCAUCAGCUCCAUAAAGAUAUAUUACCCUCGAGAGGAGCAGCCGGAGAGAUGAUCGCUGGAUGGAUGGAUGGAACCAAAUCCUAUUCAAGAAAUACAAUCACUCAAUUUACCUAUACUACUAUAAAGAAACAAAACAAAAGAUUAUACCUAUUACCAAAUGUUUUUGGUUCUCUAAUGUUAAAAUCUUAAUUGUUAUGGCCUAUCGUUAAGUUUUUAGAUCCACACCAAACCAAAGAAUGCCUGAAGGCAUUUUAAAUUAUUUACACAGACACUAAUGAAUACCCCUUGCAAUUAAGUUAGUUGAAGCUCUCUAUUUAAGUCCACAUGCCACACCUAUAGCAAGCCGUAGAGCAGCAGCAGGAGAAGGAGAAGGAGCAGAAAGAGGAGGGUUACAAAUAAUCAAAGUUAUAACUAUAGUCUCCUACAACAGACCGCAGCGGCAUCCGACGCAUGCAUACUAUAUCAUAGCAGCAAAACAGCGUUAUAUCCAAGCAGACGGAAUGUCUAUACCAUAAACAACAAAUACAUAUUUACAUUGAAUGUGGUUAAAAAA